AUGGGGUCUUCGUCAGGACUAUGGGGUCUUCGUCAGGACUAUGGGGUCUUCGGCAGGACUAUGGGGUCUUCGUCAGUACUGUGGGGUCUUCGUCAGGACUAUGGGGUCUUCGGCAGGACUAUGGGGUCUUCGUCAGGACUAUGGGGUCUUCGGCAGGACUAUGGGGUCUUCGUCAGCCCUGAAGUCUCCGCCAGCCCUGAAGUCUCCGCCAGCCCUGAAGUCUCCGCCAGCCCUGAAGUCUCCGCCAGCCCUGAAGUCUCCGCCAGCCCUGAAGUCUCCGCCAGCCCUGAAGUCUCCGCCAGGCCUGAAGUCUCCGCCAGCCCUGAAGUCUCCGCCAGCCCUGAAGUCUCCGCCAGCCCUGAAGUCUCCGCCAGCCCUGAAGUCUCCGCCAGCCCUGAAGUCUCCGCCAGCCCUGAAGUCUCCGCCAGCCCUGAAGUCUCCGCCAGCCCUGAAGUCUCCGCCAGCCCAGAAGUCUCCGCCAGCCCAGAAGUCUCCGCCAGCCCUGAAGUCUCCGCCAGCCCUGAAGUCUCCGCCAGCCCUGAAGUCUCCGCCAGCCCUGAAGUCUCCGCCAGCCCAGAAGUCUCCGCCAGCCCUGAAGUCUCCGCCAGGCCUGAAGUCUCCGCCAGCCCUGAAGUCUCCGCCAGCCCUGAAGUCUCCGCCAGCCCUGAAGUCUCCGCCAGCCCUGAAGUCUCCGCCAGCCCUGAAGUCUCCGCCAGCCCUGAAGUCUCCGCCAGCCCAGAAGUCUCCGCCAGCCCUGAAGUCUCCGCCAGCCCUGAAGUCUCCGCCAGCCUUGAAGUCUCCGCCAGCCCAGAAGUCUCCGCCAGCCCUGAAGUCUCCGCCAGGCCUGAAGUCUCCGCCAGCCCUGAAGUCUCCGCCAGCCCUGAAGUCUCCGCCAGCCCUGAAGUCUCCGCCAGCCCUGAAGUCUCCGCCAGCCCUGAAGUCUCCGCCAGCCCUGAAGUCUCCGCCAGCCCUGAAGUCUCCGCCACCCCUGAAGUCUCCGCCAGCCCUGAAGUCUCCGCCAGCCCUGAAGUCUCCGCCAGCCCUGAAGUCUCCGCCAGCCCUGAAGUCUCCGCCAGCCCUGAAGUCUCCGCCAGCCCUGAAGUCUCUGCCAGCCCUGAAGUCUCCGCCAGCCCUGAAGUCUCCGCCAGCCCUGAAGUCUCCGCCAGGCCUGAAGUCUCCGCCAGCCCUGAAGUCUCCGCCAGCCCUGAAGUCUCCGCCAGCCCUGAAGUCUCCGCCAGCCCUGAAGUCUCCGCCAGCCCCGAAGUCUCCGCUAGCCCUGAAGUCUCCGCCAGCCCUGAAGUCACGCAACUGAAAAUAAAAGCCAAGUGA